AUAACCCUAACAAAUAUUGAGAUGAAACAAAAAAUCUGUCUACAACUCCGCGCAAGCUCCAAGGCAAUGCCCCUAGUACUAUAUUAAUAUUCCCAAAUCCUCCCUACCUUGGGAUACGUUUCGUCGUAUAAAGCAAAGCAUAUCAAACGAUCAUUCCCGACAAACAACAAAACAAACAAAGCAAAGCUCUACAACUAAGUCAACAUAACAAUGAGUUUCUUCCCAUGUUCUUGUCCUCUGUCUUGCAAUAAAACAAGAUCAGAAUGUCAAAAGAAAUCUACUCAUCACCAAUCAGAACCAUCCACGUCGGUAUCACUUCUGUCUCAACCAAGUCUCCCACUAGUUCCUUCUCUUUCUUCUCCGCUGCAAAGCUCCACCGUCGAGCACCAGUGCCUAGCCACUCUCACAGAUCACUCCUCGUACGUCUCUUCUCUCGCCCUCUCUCGGAAAUCACUCUUCACCGGCUCUUCUAACGGAGACAUACGUGUAUGGCCUCGUGAACCACCGUUCUCAUCCACCGGUAACAUAGUUUCCGCCGGGAGCGGAGGGGUUAAAUCGUUGGUUAUACUUGAAGACAAGCUGAUAAGCGCUCAUCAGGAUCACAAGAUUCGUGUAUGGAAGACCAACGACGAUAGUAAUAAGUACAAAUGCGUGGCGACUCUUCCGACGAUGAACGACCGUUUCACGAGCCUCUUCAGUCAGAAAAGCUACGUGGAAGUCCGCCGCCACAAGAAGUCCACGUGGGUUCACCACGUGGACGCCGUUUCAUCUCUGGCCUUGUCACUAGACGGCUCUCUGCUUUACUCUGCUUCGUGGGACAGGAGUUUCAAGAUAUGGAGAGCUUCCGAUUUCAAAUGCUUGGAGUCUAUAGAAAAGGCUCACGACGACGCCAUCAACGCCAUCGUGGUGUCUAGAGACGGGUUUUGCUACACGGGCUCGGGAGAUAAGACGAUCAAAGUAUGGAACAAGAAAGACAAGAGUCACUCUCUGGUCGCCACUUUAAAGAAACAUCUCUCGGCGGUGAACGCUUUGGCCAUUAGUGAGGACGGGAAGGUUCUUUACUCAGGAGCGUGUGAUAGGUCGAUUCUUGUGUGGGAAAGAUUAAGCAACGGAGAUGAUGAUGAUGAUGAAGAGUUACAUAUGACUGUGGUGGGAGCUUUAAGAGGGCACACGAAAGCGAUUAUGUGUUUAGCGGUUGCGUGUGAUUUGGUGUUGAGUGGAUCAGCCGAUAAGAGCUUGAGGGUUUGGAGGCGAGGGUUAUUGGAGAAAGAUGGUUAUUCUUGUUUAGCGGUUUUGGAAGGACAUACCAAACCUGUUAAGUGUUUGGCUGUCUCGGUUUCUGGUUCCGGUUCGGAUUCUAAUUCUGAUUAUUCUUGUAUGGUUUAUAGUGGGAGUCUUGAUCUUUCUGUUAAGGUUUGGAACGUAAGGGUCUCGGCUGUUUAACAGUCUUUGUCAUGACCCUUGAGUAGUCUCUCUUACAUUUGUCUAUAUACUUUAUGAAUUUGUUAUAUGAUAAUGGAAAUAUGUAGGGUUAGUCCUAAA